UGCACCUGCGGCCACCAGCAGACCAACAUGCCGCUGUUGAGCCCGACGUCGACGCUCCUGUGCUCGUCGGCCUUCACGACCGCCUACCUCGGCUCGAUCUACCUCCUCCCCUCGACCCGGGUCAGCCUCGCCCAGCAGCCUGCGCCAGCCGACCCGCAAGAUGUCGCCACCAGCGUCUCGGCAGCAGCGCCCGACCGCCGGGACCGCAACCACCCGUCCGUCAUCAAGGCUCGCCUCGUCGCCGUCUCGCUCGCGUCGGCAGCGUCCUGCGCCGCCUUGCCCGCCGUCCUCCAGCACGCGGCACCUGCCACCUACCCGUCCUACCGAGCCGCGAUCCCUGCCGCGGUCCGGCUCCUCGGCCUCUCCCUCCCCUCCUCCUUCUCCACCUCCUCCUCGACUCGCUGGGCCGACCUCGCCCGCCUCGUCGCCUGUCCUCUCGGCCUCACGGCGAGCCUGUUUGCCGGCAGCUUGUACAUCCUCGCGCUCGACGGCGACCUGCCAGGGCAGGCGCGAGGGCGCUCGUGGGCCAGCUGGACGGCCAAGUUCGGCGGGUGGAAGGGCGUGCGCAACUAUAUCCUGGCGCCCUUGACCGAGGAGCUGUCGUUCAGGAGCUGCGUCGUCGCCGCGUCUUUCCUCGGCGGCUGGAGCCGGCGCAAGCUCGUCUUUGUCACGCCCUUGUGGUUCGGCCUCGCCCACGUCCACCACGCCUGGGAGACGUACCUCGCCGGCGGUCGCACGAGGAAGGCGCUCAUCCAGGGCGUGCUGCAGUCGACCUUCCAGUUCGUCUACACGACCCUGUUUGGCUGGUUCGCGACCUUCCUCUUCCUGCGGACCGGAUCCGUCGUUCCGCCCUUCCUCGCCCACGUCUUCUGCAACGCCAUGGGCGUCCCGCAGCUCGCCUGGGCCCUCAAGGUCUGGCCUGAGAAGAGACUCUCGCUCUGGGCGACCUACCUCGGUGGCAUCGGCACCUUCAUCUAUGGCUUCUGGCGGUGGACCGACCCGGUACUGUUCGGCGGGAGCGUGUACUGGCCGUAGAGCCUGCGAGGGCGCAACGAGAGCAACUUUCG